GCGCCACGGAAAAUUUAGUCGGCGCAUUUUUUUCCCUCUCGUCACCUUUCCUUCUUCUCUUCAGCCGUCUUCCUUAUCUUCAACCGUUUCUCCUCCUCUUCUCCCUCUUCUCUUCUCUUCUCUUUCUUCUCUCCAGACAGCCUCAAUUGCCUCGUCCAUCAUCCAUCCUCUCUCUUGUUGUCACCCCACCAUCCACAUCCCCCACCAUGUCUACCUACGCUCUGCCCGCGUCUCACAAGGAGAUGCUUGAGAAGUCUCUUCUCGAGUCUGACCCUGAGGUCGCCGCCAUCAUGAAAGAUGAGGUCCAGCGUCAGCGCGAGUCCAUUGUUCUCAUUGCCUCCGAGAACAUCACCUCCCGCGCCGUCUUCGAUGCCCUGGGCUCCCCCAUGUCCAACAAGUACUCCGAGGGUCUGCCCGGCGCCCGCUACUACGGCGGCAACCAGCACAUUGACCAGAUCGAGCUGCUGUGCCAGCGCCGUGCCCUCGAGGCCUUCCACCUCGACCCGGCCAAGUGGGGUGUCAACGUCCAGUGCCUCAGCGGCAGCCCUGCCAACCUCCAGGUCUACCAGGCCAUCAUGCCUCCCCACGGCCGUCUCAUGGGCCUUGACCUCCCCCACGGUGGCCACUUGAGCCACGGUUACCAGACUCCCCAGCGAAAGAUCUCUGCUGUCUCUACCUACUUCGAGACCAUGCCCUACCGUGUCAACCUGGAGACCGGCAUCAUCGACUAUGACCAGCUCCAGCAGAACGCCCUCCUGUACCGCCCCAAGGUCCUCGUCGCCGGUACUUCUGCUUACUGCCGUCUGAUUGAUUACGAGCGCAUGCGCAAGAUCGCCGACUCUGUUGGCGCCUACCUCGUUGUCGAUAUGGCUCACAUCUCCGGUCUCAUCGCCGCCGAGGCCAUCCCCUCCCCCUUCCAGUGGGCUGACAUUGUCACCACCACCACCCACAAGUCUCUCCGUGGCCCUCGUGGUGCCAUGAUCUUCUUCCGCAAGGGCGUCCGCUCCGUCGACCCUAAGACUGGCAAGGAGACGCUCUACGACCUGGAGGACCCCAUCAACUUCUCCGUCUUCCCCGGCCACCAGGGCGGCCCCCACAACCACACCAUCACCGCUCUGGCUGUCGCCCUCAAGCAGGCUCAGACCCCCGAGUUCAAGGCCUACCAGGAGAAGGUCGUUUCCAACGCCAAGACCCUCGAGGUCAAGUUCAAGGAGCUCGGCCACAAGCUUGUUGCCGACGGCACUGACAGCCACAUGGUCCUGCUCGACCUUCGUCAGUUCAACCUCGACGGUGCCCGUGUUGAGACCGUCCUUGAGCAGAUCAACAUUGCCUGCAACAAGAACGCCAUCCCCGGAGACAAGAGCGCCCUGACUCCUUGCGGUAUCCGCAUUGGCACUCCCGCCAUGACCAGCCGUGGCUUCGGCGAGAAGGACUUUGAGCGCGUCGCCCUCUACAUUGACCAGGCCAUCAAGCUCUGCGUCGAGAUCCAGGCCUCUCUGCCCAAGCCCAACAACAAGCUCAAGGACUUCAAGGCCGAGGUCACCAGCGGCAAGGUUGCCAAGCUCGGCGAGCUCCAGAAGGAGAUUGCUGCUUGGGCCAGCAGCUUCCCUCUUCCCGUUGAGGGCUGGCGCCUGGAUGCCGGCAUCUAAUUGCAAGAUGCUAGCAAACAAACUGGUCUGUCCGUCAUCCAGUUUCAUGAAACUUGAUGGACAUCACUCUGCAAUUUCAUAAAGGACAAAAGAUACCAAAAAUCUUAAACACGUGGAAAAUCAAAAAGAUCGGGUCCACUGGGGCAUUUAACAUGGGAUGGGACAAAAAGCCAAAAAAUCGGCGAAAGGUUCAACAACUUUGCAAUUUUAGUUAUAUCAUGAGGGCUGGCGCAUGCGUUAUGAUUUCUUUCCAUUUCAACCGGAACCGAGUGGGAGGCGGGUGGAGGAGUUUUGACUGGGUAUAUCAACAGGACACUUACAUACAAAACCCUUUUUGCCAUUGAUCCUGAGUAUCAACGGCAUUUCAACGUCGGUUGGUAUAGGGAGGGUCCUAUCCUGCUUCAACAAGUAGGUCAGCUUUUACAGAAAUCCAAGAAAAGACAUAUUCUUCUCUGU